UGCUCAAAGUCUCCAAGCAUUAAACGUCAUCGCAUGGGAGAUAUCAUUAGUGGAACCAGCCUCGCUCUUCCGACAAGACCAGAUCAUGAACGAUCCGCGCUCCCACCAAAAGGAGCGGCCACCACCAUGCCAGGUUCAGCCCGUGGAACCGGAGUCAAUAACCUAUCUAACAUACAGAUUCUCACACGCAGACUUCGACCCCAAGACCGUCCGAGAAGCGACCAAGGCCUCAUUCAAGCGAUACCGUGCAGCCCCGCCCGAACACGUUCUCCCUGAUGAGCUGCUCUUCCACGCCGAUCCAAACAUGCUCUGCUACGGCAACCUGCUUCGGCUGGCGCAGAGAUACAGGGACAAGGACAUCUUCGACAUGGCAAACGCCGGACGUCCACUUCCCGUCUUCCGGAGCGUUGCGACUGUCCAGGCCAGGCUUAGGGCUGCCAUAAGGUGGGCGGCCGAGAGGACCGGAGCUACGCUUGCGGAGGUUGACGACUGGCUGUGGGGCGAACGGGCGAAGCAUAAUAUCUUCCGGAGAGCGAAUCGUAGGCGGUUUGCUGAUGACGUGAUUCCAGCGGUCGGGGAGGGAGAUGGUGAUGUUGAGCUCCCCGUGCAGCAAAAACGCAAGCGGAGCGCGGACUGUGAUGAAGAGACAUCGCCUGGACUUGAGCGACCGGUCCAGCUACCUCUGGAGGAAUCGUCACCGCCGGCGGCAAAACGCGUUCGGUUCGCCGUCCGUGCGGACAACCAAGUGUCAGUUGAGGAGCAUCAAGCGCUUGAUCCGCCUCAAGUACCCAUCACGUCGGCACUGGAGAAUCUCAGGCUUCACGCUCCAAAUGACCGUCAGGCAAAAGUGCAGCGUGUUCAAGAGCAUCACCUGGGAGACACUCGCUGGGAGGAUGGGGUUGAAUACGUACUGAUCAAAACACCACCAUCUCGUCUAGCGCUGCCUAAAUACACAUGGACGCGCAAACAUCUUUGGAGCAAGGAACACGCCAUCGGUCUCGAUACGGUUGUCCGACCUACCCGCACCAUCUCUUCCAUGGAUGGAUAUGUCGCCACCUGCAGUCCUCCGCCUGGCAGCAACCCAGAUCACCUCGGGCCAAGGUCCGUCGACACUGCGCUGACGAGGGUUGACUCGCCACUCGCAGCACAUGCCGCAGAAGAAGGGGGACGACGAAGCGAGAAUCGGCAUGUAAGCGCGGCAGAAGCUGAUCGGCAUGUUCUCAAGACCCCACCGUGUGGACAAGACAUCUAUAUUACUGACGAGUUUGUGAAUAGAUUCAAUGGGUCUGGUUGGGUCCGCGAGACUUUGGGAGAGGAUCUGUCGGUCUUCGACGAACUGGAUUCGCGUGAGUGACGACUGUACGAGCGUGGGAAGAGAUGAGGAAGUGUGUCUUAGUGCAUAUGGUAAAGGGCUUGUGCGAAACGUAGGCAAGUGCAUCUAGUCUAUGUGGCGCGAGGCAGCGACGAGAAGGCUGUAGUUCUGGACUGGGUGCUCGUGGGUAGAAAGUCGUACGGAUGCAAUGGGCACUCACCCUUCCUCUUGAACGGACCGCGACAACGGCAAGAGACAGGAGGCAUGCGGACUUGAAUCACAAACGGAACGCUUCGGCUGCAUUCCGAAUGUAUU